CAGUCAUUGAGGUGAAGAAUUUCGUGCCUGGUGACGGACUAGAGCGCGUUGAAAUCUAAGAAGUACUCAACGAAAUCCCAAUCGAUUGCGUGUCUGAUCCUCGCCCGACGACUCGCCCAUCCAGGAAAGAAGGGGCAAGGAAACCCACCAGGUGCAUUUGAAAUUGUGAAGCCUCGAAAAGUUUUCCCUGGGCUCUCGUGGCAGCUCGUGCUCUUGUUCAAAGCAAGAAAAAGCACAACACGGUUUGUCGACCGAGCUGACUGCCCAUGUGCCUCUCAGUUGUCAGAAUAGAUACACUUGCUUGAAUAGUUCACAUAUUCUAGAAAGAAGGAUUGAAUGAAGAUGACGAUUGAAAUCUUUGUUGUCAGCGUGAGGAGAUCGAGUGUAUCACACUGCUUCAUUCAUUCAUUUAUCCUGUUCGCUGGCACAACAAAGUCAAGAGUUACUCUUACCUUCUGAGAACAUUUUCCAAUCACACUGAGUAUGGAGGAACACGCUUGUUGUAUUCGUAUGUUGUUGUUACCUCAUCACCCACACGAUUCAGUGAGAAGAUUUGAUCAUUAAACUCAUAAUUUUUCUACGCGCUGCCCAUCGUAGGGUCUACCUUCCCGUGGGUGUCGAAGCAGCUAGUUUCGCAUUCUCCCAGUCCAAUUGUAAAUGGAGUUUUACACAACGCAGAUUAGUUCACAUCUGAAAUAUCUGCGCUUCCAUGCUUUCCAGGACAUUCUGCGUUCACAUAGCAUCGUCUUUGGUACGAACCAAUUCUUUGGAUUUCAAGUUCGUGCAGAGAGUUGAGUCACCGGUGCAAAUCGAACACCUCUCCCCGUUCGACUUCAUAAUAGGGUGCAAGAAGUCUCAUGCCCAGCACGCAUGCACACGAUUUGUGAAUUGUGACACUGUGACGGGAGGUUCAGUUUUCUUCGGGUGAGCCCGGCCUGCGGAUCGAGGAGUGGCUGCCUGAAGUCGCGGUUACAUUUCGCUCGCGCAUGCCAAGCAGCAAACGUUUUUUACUCUGUUUUUUCCUCUGUGAGAGUGGAGGGGAGAAUGGAAGGUGAAGGUGCGUCCAUCGUCAGUCACGUUGCUGAGACAAGGGGAAUGGAACGGGAGCUUCCCUCCGCUGUCCAGGACCUUAUACGCCGUCUGGAAGGAAAAGGCGAGCCUAUAACAAGGCUUCCUAAAUUAAGCGUGGCAGAAUUUCUGGAGUUCUUUCCGGAGCGUGCAUCGCUCUCGAAGAUCAGAGGGUGGCGAAGCCAAGUCCGCCUUCGAGUACUCGAGGCAAUCGGAAACUGCAACACCCUUGAGGAUCUAGACUUUUUCCAUAUUUGUGGCGGAGAUAUAUCGACGUUGACCGCUAGCGAGUGGGAGAUAGUCUUGAGAGGAUUCAAGUCUAGCACUGUUCUAAGAGUGAUAAGAGUUAAUUGGUUGACAUGGGCAUCACUUGCGGAAGUGGAGAGCUUGUGUUCACAGCUGGGGAGAAUUCUGAAUUCCUCUAGCGUAUCACGUUUGAUGAUAUUCUACUGCGAUUUGAGUGCCAGAUGUUUCUUGAAUCUCGCCUCAGGACUGCGAGGAAAUCCCGAUUCUAAGCUCCAGUCUUUAGAACUAUGGGACGCGUGGGAGGACUCGAGUGCGGUGAAGCAUGUGGCUGAUAUGAUCAACAGUGCUACUCGAUUAGAAACGUUCAGUUUAGGCUUCAAGUCGAAAUGGCGCGUGCACGACAUGGAGGACGAGACCGUUAGAAUCCUGUCCCAGGCUUUGAUCCAGAGCUCAUGUUUGAAAAAAUUGGUGUUAGAUAAGGUGGAGUGGGGAGAGGCCUUGUUGCUUAAAGCUUUGGCUGGAGAUGAUGGCAACCGAUCCAUUGAACGUCUUGAGCUGUGGGAUAUGGAUAGACUCGGAGGCUGUUUAAGGGAACUUCUUACUUCCAACCCAUUAUUGAAGGAAGUGAGUUUGAGCUCCUUGCGGAUGCGUCCUGAGGAAUGGCAGGAGCUCGGCGAAGUCAUACGUGGCAAUGCUAGAGCAACAACUGUAUACGUAUGGUUUUCUUUACGCCAAAAUGAUAGAGAUGGCUGGAAGUCAAUAGAAGCUCUUGCGUGUGCUGCUAGCUCAGAUGUCAAGGAGCCCACAGUGGAGCUUCGACUCAAGACUUUGAAUGACCAUGAGUUGAUGUUAUCAUUAAACCUAUUAGGUAGGGUAGUGCGCGGGGAAAUCAAAUCUUUGAAAUCUUUCAGUAUAUCGGCGAGACAUACCGGCACUUCAGGUACCAACCAAGAUAGACUGGAAAGUAUCCUCCCCAUGAAUGGAAAAACUGGAGAAACCUCAGUCCUGAAGAGACUUGAUUUAUAUGUUCGGAACAAAGAUCUUCUGAAGGGAUUAUGGAAGCAACUGAUGUGGUGCUUGCGAGGGAACACAAGUCUCACUCACUUGGUUUUGUUUUACAACGAUCUCGACGAAGAGUCGUUCAGGGACCUGAUGGACCUCUUACAAGUGAACUUGACUCUCCAGAAAAUAGAUGUCCGAGCAACCUCAUGGGAAACGGACGGAAAGGCUGCGCAGAUUCAGGAGGCACUCAAGCAAAACCAGAAGCGUGCCGUCUACAUGUCCGUGCUCCGAGAAGCAAAACUAACAUUUGGAGAUGCAAAAGCUGGUCGACUCUUUCUAUGCGGCUCUCCUAGAGCAGGCAAGACUAAAUUGCGUCAAACUUUGAUGAGGAUAGUUCAAGGCAAAAGUUGGCUUGGGAACAAAUGGGACCAGCUUUGGAGAACCAAAGGAAUAGAAGUGGAAUUCUUGCAAAAUAAUGACCAAAGGCAAAUCUCAAUUUGGGAUCUUGCUGGACAAGAGAUUUUUCGUACCCUUCAAAAUGUGUUGUUCUCUCAAACCAGCAACUUUUGUGUUUUUCUUUUUGUGUAUAGCUCCUUCUGUGAGAAAUCAUCUUCGAACAAACCAGAAUCUUGUUUCCAGACAGAGUUGGAGGAAUGGUUGAGUUUCAUCACCUCUAGCAUUAGGGUCAUAGGACAUAUUCGGCCUCAAGUUCUUGUUGUGAUUUCACACAAGGAUAAAACCAGAUCUAGCUCUUUGACUUGGGCUCAUUCCGUAAUGGACCAACUCACCAAAAGAUUUGCAAAAUUUGUGGAUCUGCAUCCUAUGCAAGAGUGUUUUCAUGUAGAUGCUCGGAAAAAGAAGCAAGUUGUUCCUCUCAAAAAUCACAUUUUUGAUAUCUUUGAAAAGUUGUUGAGUGAAAAGUCUCCAAGGGUUCCCAAAUUGUGUUCUCAACUCUCGUACUUCUUGGUCACAAACACCAAAGAGAACAGAAAUUGCCCUCUUUGGUCCUCUCAAAAGUUUUAUGACUUUUGUGUUCCCAGCCUGACACAAUCUAUUCCAUUGUCUUCUCCUCACGCCGUUGAUCAUUCAAGGAUAAUGACAUCAAUCAUAUCCUAUUUGAAUGACGCUGGUUUGAUAGUUUAUAUCCCCAACCUUGAUUACAUCAUUGUGGAUCCGAACUCGCUAACCAAUAAAUUAUUGGGUGAGCUGGUAGCCUUGGGUCAAGACUUUCAAGCUCAAGAGUCUCAAGUUUUUGAUAGAUUAAAGUCACGUGAAUCAUACACAAGCAAGGACGGGUUUGUGAGUGAGAGUGACUUUGCUCAAUUGAUAGAGGAGUUUAUCAAAAAGCAAUCACAUGGAGAGGGAGUUGUGAGCAGAGAGGUGCUUGAAAACAUCCUUAUCAAUUUGGAUUUGUGCUUCAAGCUCGAAGAUACUUCUCAGUAUUUCAUUCCCUCCUUCAUACCUGAGCAUGCAAGCAUGGAAGAACGGAAGCAUCAAGAAGGCACGUCCAUCAAGUCAAUGGCUUGGGAAACUAGGGGUGAGACUUCACAGUUUGUGGGCAUCCGGAUUCAAUGCCAAGAUGAAAAAACAAUGUCACUUAGCGCUGCUUUUUUCCCAUGCUUCCAGAUGUUCAUGAGACGCAAGUUGAUAUCGGAGAUGGGUGUUUCCAAGGAAACUGUUACCUGCUCUCGACAUUAUCUGUGUGUUUUCCUUGACGGGCAUCAAAUUUAUUUGGAGCAAGAAACGUCCCACAAAUACGUGGAUGUUCUGAUAUUAUGCUCAAAGCAUAAGUCAAGGGAGGGGGCUCUGAAAUACGUGAUGAAGCAUAUCGUCCAGGAGUUGAUAUCAUUCUGCGCAUCACCCAAAGGUUGUCCCGGGGUGGCGUUAGUGCUCGGUGUGAUCCAAACACUCUGCGUGGAGAUGUUGAUUCCAAGUCAUCUGAGAGGAGCAAUUCUGAUUGAGGAGCUCAAAUCAAAAUUCAUUUGUAGCAUCAGAGACAAACUUGAGGAUAUUUCGAGGGAUAAAUCGCACUUGGAGAAGGAUGAAGAGUUGUUCAAUUACGAGCAUUCUUGGCCCUUGAUUGGAGGAUACACAACAAAGGUUAUAUUCGAAAGAGCUAGGGACUUGCUGUGGGAGAGCGAUGUGGAAGCGGUUGUGAAUGAGAUCCGAGAGAAGCAAAUGCAACAAUUGGAGUCAUUGCAGGAAGGUUUAAACAACGCGAAGAAUGAUUUGGAUCAUUUUUACCCUGCAAAUGAGAACAUGGUUAGCAACUUGAAUCUUUCUCAUAUGAAAGACUACAAUCCACCUUCAUCCACAAGUCCGGCUAGCACAAGUGGAGAAAAUUGUUCAACCGGACUUGAGAAGAAGAUGGAUCAGCUUCUACAAAAGGUUGAUGGUUUGGAUGAGAGGUUGAGAUCAGUGGAGAGCAUUGUGCAGAGAUUGGAUAUUAAGAUGGGACAGAUACUUUCUUUGCAACACGAACUGCAGUCAACGUUGAGUGACUUCAUGUCUAAAGUGGACAAUAUCAUUGAGUAUUCUCAAUCUCUCCAACAGACGAGAACUCCCAAGCGACCUUACGUUACAGACGAUGUUGGCUUGUUCUAUAGGUUGAGUGCACUCCUGCAUAUUGGUAAAACCGUUCGAUUACACUUGAUGUGUGAGUCAGUGACCGGGUUUCAUAGGGUCAAAGACCAAGAAGGCUUGAAGGUACGCUUGGAUCGGGAGAAUUGUGGGUGGAUUCGGAAAACUGUUGAAAUCUCAUUCAAACUCAUGUAUUAUGCUGCAAAGGCUGGACUGGAUGCGACCCUAGGGGUAGGCCAAGCAAUUCCGGAGUGGGAAGAUUUAAAAUCUGACAUUGUUCAAGUAGAUGGUCUUAGCAUCCGUGAUCGUAAGGCAAUUCUAAAAGGUGGGGACAGCAAGGAACUGAGAGAAGCAUGGUUGAGAAUUCAGCAGACUCUUGCGCCUCAGCUUCAAGAUAGGUAUUCGGCAAGCUUCAAGUUGUAUCAAGUGAAAUACGUGAGACUACAAUUAGGUGGGCAGGCAUGGGUGUGCGAGGAGUGCAUGAACAAAGGUCUUCGUUCUGGCAUUUUGACAUGUUAGGAAUUUGAAAAGGUUACAAUGUCAUUAUGCAAUUGACAAGCAUAUGUUUAGACUCUCAUGCAAUAUGAACCUCUGAUGAUCAGGAUGUGAAAGUUGUAACUGCUCAUUUGUUCUCAUAUGUUUAUGACAUGGUUUUUUCUCUCAUCUCUCUACCUAAGUUCUGUUUCUAUUCUUGACUGACAAAUACAACAAGGUGAAUC